AUGGCGGUUGGUAAGAACAAGAGACUGACCAAGGGCCGAAAGGGUAACAAGAAGAAGAUCGUUGAUCCCUUCACCAAGAAGGAAUGGUACAAGGUCAAGGCCCCAGCUGUUUUCAAGACCCGAACUGUUGGCCAGACCCUCGUCACUCGAUCUGCCGGUACCAAGCUUGCCGCUGACGGUCUCCGAGGCCGAGUUUACGAAGUCAACCAGGCUGACCUCCACGGUGACGAGUCCACCUACAAGAAGUUCCGACUCAUCUGCGAGGAGGUUCAGGGCGACAACUGUCUCACCAACUUCCACGGUAUGGAGCUCACCCGCGACAAGCAGUGCUCCAUGAUCAAGAAGUGGCAGACCAAGAUCGAGGCCCACGUUGACGUCACCUCCACUGACGGAUACAAGCUUCGACUCUUCGCUGUCGGAUUCACCAAGAAGCGACAGAACCAGGUCAAGAAGACCACCUACGCUCAGACCACCCAGGUCCGAACCAUCCGAAAGAAGAUGAUGACCAUCAUGCGACGAGAGGUCUCCACCUCCGACAUCAAGAACAUUGUCGCCAAGCUUCUCCCCGACUCUAUUGGUCAGGAGAUCCUUAAGGCCGCCGCCUCCACCUACCCUCUCCACGAUGUCUACAUCCGAAAAGUGAAGGUCCUCAAGAAGCCCCGAUUCGAUAUGUCCAAGCUUUUGGAUAUGCACGGCGAGUCCGGCAAGGUCGUCAAAGGCGGUGCCAAUGACGGACAAGUCGUUGAUUCCUACGAACCACCAGUCCUUGACUCUGUUUAA